UCAGUCAGUCUGAGGACUGGUCAGUCAGUCAGACAGGCUCAGAGCAGCGGAGGUGAGAGGGAAGGAGUCGAGGUGAGGACAACGAGAACGCACUGGGUUGGAUAACCGAAAGAGAGAGAGAGAAAGAGAGACGGAAAGAGUGACAGAUCAACAUAAAGAAGAAAGGGUCAGAGGAAUUGUUUUUGCCGACGUGGUGGACAUUCUUCUUUUUGGUGAUACAAGAAAGAUACCAGAGCUGUGGCCCUUUCAGGGAGGAAAACAAGAUAAUUCAUAAAACAGGCCCGGAUUACAGGUGACCACAGACGGUGAGGUGAAGCGUAUACCUCCUAGACUCCUGCCAACAUGGAGGGCGACAACAUGAAGUCCUUCAUCAUGGACGAGGAGACGCUGAAGAGGAAGCAGCGCGAGAAAAUGAAGAAGAUGCAGGCCACGGGCGGCAACCCCCGACCCGUGCGCUCCCUCUUCUUCCUCACGCUGAAGAAUCCCUUCCGCAAGGCCUGCAUCCAGAUUGUGGAGUGGAAACCCUUUGAGAUCAUCAUCCUGCUGACCAUCUUUGCCAACUGCGUGGCACUGGCAGUGUUCAUGCCCAUGCCCGAGGAGGACACCAACAACACCAACAGUAAUCUAGAGAGUUUGGAGUACAUCUUCCUGAUCAUUUUCACCAUGGAAUGCUUCCUAAAGAUUAUUGCGUAUGGGUUACUCUUCCAUGCAGACGCUUAUUUACGGAACUGUUGGAACAUACUGGAUUUCGUCAUUGUCACCAUGGGGCUGUUCACCAUUGUUGUGGACUUCAUCAACAACAUCAGUGGGGUGGAGGCCCCUGUGGAGCAGGGGGGAGGAGGCUUUGACAUGAAGGCCCUGAGAGCGUUCAGGGUGCUCAGGCCGCUUCGCCUCGUCUCUGGGGUGCCCAGCCUACAGGUGGUGAUGAGCUCCAUUCUUAAGUCCAUGUUACCGAUGUUCCACAUCUCUCUCCUGGUUUUCUUCAUGGUCACCAUAUAUGCUAUCGCUGGACUUGACCUUUUCAAGUGCAAAAUGCACAAAACAUGUUACUAUACUGGAACACGUAUCGUAGCGACCGUGGAGAAUGAGAAGGCCUCUCCGUGUGCUCAGGCAGGAAAUGGCCGCCGCUGCGCUGUGAACGGCACUGAGUGCAUGGCGGACUGGCCUGGGCCCAAUAACGGCAUCACCCACUUCGACAACCUGGGCUUCUCCAUGCUGACGGUGUACCAGUGCAUCACCACACAGGGCUGGACCGAUGUGCUCUACUGGGUGAAUGAUGCCAUUGGUGUUGAGUGGCCUUGGAUAUAUUUUGUCACCCUCAUUCUUCUCGGCUCCUUCUUCAUCCUCAAUCUGGUUCUGGGAGUCCUGUGCGGUGAGUUUACUAAGGAGCGUGAGAAGAGCUCCAGGAGUGGCGAGUACCAGAUGUUACGAGAACGCCAGCAGCUGGACGAGGACCUGAAGGGCUACAUGGAGUGGAUCACCCAGGCUGAGAUCAUGGACAACGACCAGGAGGGCAAAGGACUGCUCCCUCUUGUGGAUGGGUCAGAGUCUGAAAGUCUGUAUGGUAUAGAAGGAAUCCAGCGCUUCCUAUAUUAUUUCAAGCGAGCUAAGCAGUAUAACCGUGUGUUCCGGAGGAAGUGUCGCACCUUUGUCAAGUCCAGGCUCUUCUACUGGCUGGUCAUCCUGGUGGUGUUCUUCAAUACUCUUGCCAUCUCAACGGAGCAUCACCAACAGUCUGAGUCCCUCACAGAUCUACAAGAGAGUGUAAACAAGGUGCUGUUGUCCCUCUUUGCGGUGGAGAUGUUCCUGAAGAUGUACGCGCUGGGCCUGCGCUCGUACUUCAUGUCCCUCUUCAACCGCUUCGACUGCUUCGUGGUGUCCGUGGGCAUCCUGGAGCUGAUCCUGGUGCGGAUGGACAUCAUGUCCCUCACUGGGGUUUCCGUCCUGCGCUGCAUCCGGCUACUCAGGCUCCUGAAGAUCACCAAGUACUGGACUGGUCUGAGUAACCUGGUGGCGUCCCUGCUGAACUCCAUCGCCUCCAUCGCCUCCCUGCUCCUGCUCCUCUUCCUGUUCAUCGUCAUCUUCUCCCUGUUGGGGAUGCAGGUGUUUGGGGGCAAGUUCAACUUCCCUGACCACAGGGUUCGCAGGAGCAACUUUGAUAACUUUCCUCAGGCCCUCAUCACAGUAUUCCAGAUCCUGACGGGCGAGGACUGGAAUACGGUGAUGUAUGACGGCAUCAUGGCCCACGGAGGGCCGUCCAUGCCAGGCAUUCUCGUCAGCAUCUACUUCAUCAUUCUCUUCGUCUGUGGGAACUUCAUUCUUCUGAAUGUCUUCCUGGCCAUCGCUGUGGACAACCUGGCCGAGGCGGAGAGUCUGACCUCAGCCCAGAAGGAGAGGGCCGAGGAGAAGAAGCGCAAGAAGAUGUUGAGGGCCCUUAUCCCAGAUAAGAGUGAGGAAGAGAAGGCUCUGCUGGCAAAGAAACUGGCUGAUCAGAGGGCCAAGACCGAAGGGAUCCCCACCACUGCCAAGCUAAAGGUUGAUGAGUUUGAGUCACAUGUGAAUGAAAUUAAGGAUCCCUUCCCUCCAGCCGAUUUCCCAGGUGAUGAUGAGGAGGAGGAGCCUGAGAUUCCAGAGAGUCCUCGCCCUCGACCAAUGGCUGACCUCCAGCUAAAGGAGGAGGCGGUGCCUAUGCCAGAAGCCUAUGCUUUCUUCAUAUUUGGUCCGGAAAAUAAAUUCCGUAAACUGUGCCACAGAAUCAUCAACGCCACCACCUUCACCAACAUCAUCCUCCUCUUCAUCCUCCUCAGCAGCAUCUCGCUGGCGGCUGAGGACCCCAUCGACCCAAUGUCCUUCAGAAACCAGGUCUUGGCUUAUGCAGACAUCGUCUUUACCUCUGUAUUCACAGCUGAAAUUGUCCUCAAGAUGACCACGUAUGGUGCCUUCCUCCACAAAGGCUCCUUCUGCAGAAACUCCUUCAAUAUCCUGGAUCUGCUGGUGGUUGGAGUCUCUCUUCUCUCCAUGGGAAUGGAGUCCAGCGCCAUCUCUGUGGUGAAGAUCCUCAGGGUACUGAGGGUGCUCAGACCUCUGAGGGCCAUCAACAGAGCCAAGGGACUCAAGAUGGUCAUCCAGUGUGUUUUUGUGGCCAUUAAGAGCAUUGGCAACAUUGUCUUGGUCACAAUGCUUCUGGACUUCAUGUUCUCCUGCAUAGGAGUUCAGCUUUUCAAGGGGAAGUUCUUCUCCUGCACAGACCCUGCUAUGAUGACUGAGCUAGCCUGCAGAGGGAACUACAUCAAGCACCAGGAGAACGCUCUUCAUGAGAUGGUGGUCAGCAGGCGAGAAUGGACGAACAGUGACCUCAACUUUGAUAAUGUGCUGAAUGGCAUGUUAGCUCUCUUCACUGUCUCUACAUUUGAGGGUUGGCCAAAACUCUUAUACAAAGCCAUAGAUUCAAACAAGGAGGACACAGGUCCACUCUACAACAACCGUAUACCAGUCUCCAUUUUCUUCAUCAUCUACCUCAUCCUCAUCGCAUUCUUCAUGAUGAACAUCUUUGUGGGUUUCGUCAUCGUGACCUUCCAGGAGCAGGGGGAACAGGAAUACAAGAACUGUGAGCUGGACAAGAAUCAGCGCCAGUGUGUUCAGUAUGCACUGAAGGCCCGGCCACUCCGAUGCUACAUUCCCAAGAACCCGUACCAGUACAAGGUCUGGUACGUUGUCACGUCAUGCUACUUUGAGUACCUCAUGUUCCUGCUCAUCAUGCUCAACACCAUGUGUCUGGGGAUGCAGCACUGCAACCAGUCUCAGCAUGUCACGGAUCUCUCAGACAUGCUUAACGUGAUCUUCACCGUGCUCUUCACAGUGGAGAUGAUCUUAAAACUAAUGGCCUUCAAAGCUAAGGGCUACUUUGGGGAUCCCUGGAAUGUCUUUGACUUUGUCAUUGUCAUUGGUAGUGUCGUUGAUGUCACCCUCAGCGAGAUUGAUACAGCCUUGGCUUCACAGGGAGGACUGUACUGUCUCCAUGGUUGUGAGGAGGUGAAUCCAAUGCAAGCCAUAGCAGAAUCAGAAAAUGCCAGUGUGUCCAUCACAUUCUUCCGUCUCUUCCGUGUCAUGCGUCUGGUCAAACUGCUGAAUCGCUUUGAAGGCAUCAGAAACCUCUUGUGGACCUUCAUCAAAUCUUUCCAGGCUUUGCCUUAUGUUGCUCUUCUGAUCGUCAUGCUCUUCUUCAUCUAUGCCGUCAUUGGGAUGCAGGUGUUUGGUAAAAUAGCGUUGAUAGACGGCACACAAAUCAAUCGGAACAACAACUUCCAGACAUUUCCUAUGGCAGUUUUGGUACUCUUCAGGUGUGCGACUGGGGAGGGCUGGCAGGAAGUGAUGUUGGGGUGCAUGUACGGCCAGCGCUGCGACCCCAAGUCCGACUACAUGCCUGGGGAGGAGUACACCUGUGGCUCCGGCAUCGCCAUCCUCUACUUUAUGAGCUUCUACAUGCUCUGUGCCUUCUUGAUUAUCAACUUAUUUGUGGCUGUGAUCAUGGAUAACUUUGACUACCUGACACAUGAUUGGUCCACACUUGGGCCGCACCACCUGGAUGAGUUUAAGAAGAUCUGGGCAGAGUAUGAUCCUGAGGCCACCGGACGCAUUAAGCAUUUGGAUGUGGUAACACUCCUGCGUAGGAUCCAACCUCCCUUGGGUUUUGGAAAGUUUUGCCCUCAUCUGGUUGCUUGCAAGAGGCUGAUAUGCAUGAACAUGCCCCUGAACAGUGAUGGUACAGUUACGUUCAACGCCACACUCUUCGCCUUGGUCAGGACUGGGCUCAAGAUCAAGACAGAAGGUAACUUUGAGCAGGCCAAUGAGGAGCUGAGGGCCAUCAUCAAAAAGAUCUGGAAGAGAACCAGCAUGAAGCUGCUGGACCAGGUCAUUCCACCUAUUGGGGAUGAUGAGGUGACUGUAGGGAAAUUCUACGCCACCUACCUUAUCCAGGACCACUUCCGCAGGUUCCUGAAGAGACAGGAGGAGUACUAUGGCUAUCGGCCCACCAAGAACAAGAACAAUGCUGAGAUCCAGGCUGGUCUCAGGAGCAUUGAGGAUGAGGCGGCUCCAGAGCUGCAGAGGGCCAUCUCAGGGGACCUGAUGAACGAGGACGAGAUGGACCGUGCCAUGGACGAGGCGGCCGAGGAGGCCAUCUACAGGAGGGCAGGUGGGCUGUUUGGGAACCACGUGGAUCCCUUCGCCCUGGAGCAGGGCAACGCCAACACCACCCAGGUGACCAGCAUGAGGCCGCUGCAGAUCGCAGACAGCAAGCCAGAGGAAGCAGAGCACUCGGGAGGCUACCUCCAUUAUCACUCCAACACCAACAACAGCAACGCACACAAUGACAACUUCAACAACAAUAACAGGGAACGGUUUCACUUGAAGAAUGAGGCAGUUGCUCUCUCAACGGUCAGUUGGCAUGUCAGCCAGAGUGGACAACACAUCGCACCAGGUGGUGUCCAACAGAACACAGGCUCUCAUGCCACUUGGGGCAGAGCUGAGACCUCCCAUUCACAAGUAACUUCCCAUCAAAAUCCCACAAGCUCCACUGAUAAGCUGAUUAAAGAGAUCCUUGUCAGUAAUGGUUUACAAGCCUUGGCUGAGGACCAUCUGUUUUUGACGGUGACCAAGCAAGACAUGGUUGUAGCCCUAGAAAUGGACCUGGAUGACAUGGAGCACGCUGCUGCCACCCUUCUGAAGGAUUACCAGGGUCACGUGACUGAGGGCCGGGAACUUCGUCCAAUCAGCAUUCAGAGAAGGGCUAGAAAUCCACUCCAGGCAGACACUCCUGUCUAGACCCAUGGGCUUGUGUGGUGUAUUUUGGUUGCAUGUCUGAACGGAGGUUGAUCCACCUGUAAAUGACAAGCGAACACUUGAGGUGUUAUGGGCCCUUUCUGGGAAACAUCAGAAGGAAGAUGUGGGGGUUGGUACUGGUUGACUUAACCCUCUUUAGAUGGACAACCCUUAAUGGGCGUCUCAGUGAUGUUUCCAGAGUUGUGCAGUUUUUAAACUGUGGCCAGAGGUUAAGAAGUAGCCUACUUGAUCCCAUGAUUGAAUAAGUAUGAGACCUCAAGGCAUUUUGAUGAUAAGUAAGCCAGAGGUCCAUACUGUUCUCUUUAAUAUGUGCUGUACCAGAAACAUGUUAUUCUUCACAUUUUUAGCAGAAAGAUACAAAGAAAAGAAUUCUGGACAGUUUGACCAUAAAGUAAGACUAUUAAACAAAUUUGCUGUGAAAACAGCUUUUAGCCACCUACCCUCUGAAGGGAUCAUAAGUAGCCUAAAGCAAGGCCGCAUGUUAACAAUAAACAGAGUGAUGGCUGCCCAUUCUACUUCAGAGAGAUGGUUCACAAAUUGCGUAGCUGAGAGGCUCUCGGGCAGAUACAAAACAAGUAUUGUGUUACUAUGUUUCAUGUUUUUUUUGUUUGUUUUUCUUUUCAAUUCAUGUUUAUUUAUUUAUUCUGCAUUCUGUAGAGAACUUGAGAUACAAUGCAAUAUAAGAUAUAUUUAAACAGGGCAAUGGUCCAGCCCAACUCCAGCCAAAGUGCAUUGUUAACUUUAGAGGGAGUAGCCUACACACUAAUUUAUUAUGAAUCGUGUCCUUUUUGCACUCCAAGCAGUUGUGAUGAGAUGCAUCAAAUAAACUAUU